UACCUGUACUUUAGGAUGGCCAGUAUGACUAUGAGGACCUUUGUAGGCUUUUUGCUUCUUAUGAUACUACUGACGUUGAUGCCAGAGUCCAUCGCCCAAGAUGCGGCUGUGGCCUUGAAGGCAUCCCUGUUGACCAACUAUGACAAAACUUUGCGGCCGGUCAAGUCAGCGUCUACAGUUGUGAAUGUGGACUUCGACGUCUCCCUCAGACAGAUUAUUGAAUUGUCAGAAAAAGAUCAGAUAUUCCGAAUCAACCUCUGGCUGCGUGUGUACUGGAAUGAUGAAUACCUGACGUGGAACGCCUCAGAACACGGCGGUGUGGACUCAUUGAGCAUCCAUUCUUCUGACAUAUGGAAGCCUGACAUCUUUCUCUUCAACAACAUAGGCGAAGAGACGUAUGGUAACAUAGAAGCCAUCACUGACGUCACAGUGACCAGUACAGGACGAGUGACGCACCUCCAGCCCACCAUCUUCAUCAGCGCAUGCCCAGUGGACAUUACUAGGUUUCCUUUCGACAAACAGGAAUGCAUUCUUGAGUUUGGGUCUUGGAUCUACACUGGAAACAAGCUGAACAUGUCCUUUGUAAAUCCCGAAGCAGAACGCAGUUAUGUAACUCCGAAUGUGGAAUGGAUUCUGAAUGGAGCGCCUAUGAUAAGGAAGGUGGAUAUAUAUCCCUGCUGUCCCGAACCCUAUGUCACUAUCCUCCUUGUCCUACAACUGGAACGUCGGUCCUUCUACUACAUGUUUAACAUGGUUCUGCCGUGUAUAAUCCUGAUGAUUCUUAACGUGUUCGGGUUCUACAUCCCCCCGGACAGCGGGGAGCGGCUGGGCUUCUUCAUGACCAUCCUGCUGGCUCUCGUCGUCUUUCUUCAAGUUUUGUCAGGCUCCUUGCCAAAAACGUCAACGACUACUCCACAGCUGGGUCGGUUUUUCGCCAACACCAUCGCGCUGGUUGGCUUCUCGUGCCUGGCCUCCAUCGUGGUGAUCCGCCUGUCCUACAGCGGCCCGGCCUCCCGCCCGCUGCCCCGCUGGCUCCGUCUGCUCCUGCUGCGCUACCUGGCUCGCCUCUUCUGUAUGGACACCAUCGCGGAGGAGAAACACGAAGAUGAGGAGAAAGCAGUCGUCUACAAUCCUUUUCACAAGGAAAAUCAGACCAACCAGCAUAGGAAUACGACGAAUUUUGAACUAGACGUGUCUCAAAAUCUGCGCCACAUCCAGCUCAAGCUCGUACGCUGCAGCCGGGAAUACUCAGCCCCAGCACGACCGAAGCAAGAGGAGGAGGCAGACCAGGACGAAUGGAAGAUGGCGGCUCUUGUGUUGGACCGUGCUUUGAUGUUUUCUGUUGGCCUGGCAUCCAUUGUUGUUUGUGUUACACUGCUCCGUAGGAAUGGCCAGCAUGAGGAUCUUUCUUGAUCAUUACUGAUAUUAAUACUAGGUAUGUACUUAUAAGUGAAUACCACAAAGGUCAUUCUCAUUAUCUGCUUGAUUCGCUGUACGAAGUUAAUUUUGUAGUUAAAAUAGUGUACCGUCUGUCACUUCCUCAGGGUAAUGCUAACUGGUUCUACAUCGCACUGCAGCUAAGUGUCGCUGCUGCAAUAUGAACAAUGCGGUCCCAAACGUGACUGAAUUCAUAUCCCCUCUCAUCACGAUUUAUAACUGGAUUAAUUGCAACAGCAAAACCUGGCUGUAGGACGAAAUAGGACCAAUUAGUAUCGACAUGAGGAAGGUAACAAACGAUCACCUUAACGUCGAUCUGUGAAAAAUGCUUACGUUUAAAGGAAUUUGUAUGUAUCGAUUUACCAAACUGAUGAAACUAUUCUCUGUAUAUGUAAACGCUGAUAACCAAGCCUGUGAGAACAUGGGAAAAAUUGUCAGCAUUGUACUUUAAGAAGUCAACUUAAUCAUUCAUGGGCAUUCAAUGUACAGCCUCUUGACAAUGGUUCAAAACAAUUCAAACAAAUAAAAUUAACAAUUGUACUCGUCAAGAAUCUUACGGCACAAACAUCCGGGGAAGUAAACAAAAAAGACCGUUGAUCUUUCAACCACACCACAGCCAUGUGAGAGGGCCCCUAUAUAUAGGCCCUUGCUAGGACAAAAAAAGGAUAUUUAAAUAAGGAAUAUUACAAGAUGGGGUAUGUAUUUGUAACUGAGAAAGAGAGAAACGUCAAUAUAGAACAUGCAAAUGAAUACCUUCAUGAUGUCAUUUGCAAACUCAAUGAGAAAA